AUGCAACAAUCACAGUAUAUCGUUGACGGUGGGAAACAGGGAAUCGUCAACAAUGACAAAACAUGCAACAGUCAGUGUGUCGUAGACAGUGGAAACGGAACACGGCCCAAACCAAUCACCGAUAAUGGAUCAACAAUGCAACGGCAACAAUCGCAGCGUCUCCAGUGUGCUCAAAUCCGGCGAAAGUUCAACCAUGAGCCAACGACAACGGCUCACCAGUUCACCCCAAUCAUGAAAGCAGGAACAGACAAGCAAAAAACUCCAGAUAAGAAUACGUGCAACAGCCGGGCGUGCUGCGAUCCAGCCACUCAUGCAUGCGAGUUUGCCGCUGCCGCGCCUGUCCUGAGCCAGGCGGACGCUUGCCCUCGCCGUCUCGCCGCUCUUCUAUAA